UGUUUCUUUUGUGAUCUACUCUGCAUCAGCAGCCAUGGUCCUGGAGGAGAACGAGUGUGACUCAGUCUUUGAGCCUCAAAUCACAGAGGAGCACAUAGAGACUCAGUAUGGGAACGUCCACUGCAUCAUGACAGGGACUCCUAGGGCAAACCGUCCUGUUAUCCUGACCUUUCACGAUGUUGGACUGAACCACAAGACCUGUUUUGAGACUCUGCUCAACCAUGAGGACAUGCAGGAAAUCAUCAGACAAGUGCCUAUUUGUCAUGUUGAAGCACCAGGACAACAUGAGGGAGCCAAAACUCUCCCUACUGCGUACACCUACCCUUCCAUGGACCAGCUGUCUGAGGCACUGCCUGCCGUUUUAAAACACUUUGGAUUACGUAGUGUGAUUGGACUGGGAGUUGGAGCAGGAGCCUACAUCCUGGCGAGAUUCGCUCUGAAUCAUCCUGAUCUGGUGGAUGGAUUACUGCUGAUCAACAUCAACCCCAACGCUGAAGGACUAAUGGAUACUGUUGCAAACAAGAUCACUGGAUGGACCCACACCCUCCCAGACACAAUCAUCUCACACCUGUUCGGAAAGGAUGAGAUCCAGACCAACCACGACCUCAUUGCCACAUACCGUCACCACAUCACAACAACGAUGAACCAGUCCAACGUGAGUCAGUUCCUCCGCUCCUACAACAAUCGCAGCGCUCUGGAGGUGGAGCGGCCUGUUCCUGGAGGAAACAUCAAUGUCAGGACACUCAAGUGCUCCACUCUGUUGAUUGUAGGAGACAGUUCUCCAGCUGUGGAGGCCGUGGUCGACUGCAACUCUAAACUCAACCCCACCAAGACCACACUGCUCAAGAUGGCGGAUUGUGGAGGACUUCCUCAGGUGGAUCAGCCAGCCAAAGUGACUGAAGCCUUAAAAUAUUUCAUCCAGGGCAUGGGAUACAUGUCCAGUGCCAGCAUGACCAGACUCCGCUCACGGACAACCUCCAGCUCCAGCAUCUCGUCCUUCGAUGGCCCUCGAAGCCGUGCACACACCAACGAGUUGCAGCGUGGCCAGAUACACUCACGCGGCACAGAGGAGAAGCGUGGACGCUCGCACACUGAUGUCUCCAUGGAGAGUAUUUCCAACAGUAAUGUGGACCACGGCAUCUCAAAGUCCACUGAGGUGGCAUGCUAG